AUGACCAGUGGCAGGCCGCCGGGCUACGGUCCGCCCCCUGGAAACGAUGGUAAUCUCGUACAGCUCGAAGACACAGCCUCUGUAUACAACACCGGCCAGCGCCCUCCAGUGACUGACGAUCACCUCCUGCAACAAUUCGAUAUCCAAGAUUCCGAUACACUCCAACCAAGGCCAUCAGUAUCAUACGAUGCAUUCGUUGGGGGUAGUCAGCCAGCACAGGCUGCUGGAUCGCGGCCAGGAGCUGGACCUCGAACGGGCCCUUUCUACGAGGAUGGUGAAGCAUAUCGACCCUACUCGCAGACCGUAGAUUUACACAACUACCAGCGAUAUUCAGAUGACUUAAACGACUUUGACGAUGCGCGAUCAGCGCAAGGUUACUAUAAUGAUCAAAAUGACUUGGACGGUGCGAUGCCCGUGAGAGAUGCUCGCACGCGGGAUCGGAACAGUAUAUUGAGCCUGGGCGGCGGAUUGAUGGGGAAAGCAAAAAAUAUGCUAGGUAUGGGACAGCAGUACUCAGAAAUGGACUUGCCGUUGACCGAAACGGGCGCCAGACCGGCUAGAGUGGACUCCGUGGGGACAGACGGUGAUGGAGCAGGUCCAAGAGCUCAGAAGAAGAAAUUCAGUGCUGGGGAUUUUAAAUUUGGGUUUGGCAGGCGCAAGAUCGAUCCGUCAACGUUGGGCCCUCGUGUCAUCCUGUUCAAUAAUUCCCCGGCCAAUGCGGCAAACAAAUAUGUCGACAACCAUAUAUCAACCGCCAAGUACAAUGUGAUCACUUUCUUGCCGAAAUUCCUAUUCGAACAGUUCUCCAAAUACGCGAACUUGUUCUUCUUGUUUACCGCCAUCCUCCAGCAAAUUCCCAAUAUUUCGCCGACUAAUCGAUAUACCACCAUCGCGCCUCUCGCUGUUGUGCUUCUAGUAUCAGCUAUAAAAGAACUAGUUGAAGAUUGGAAACGGAAGUCUUCGGAUAAAUCGCUCAAUUACUCGAGGGCCCAGGUACUCAAGGGCUCCAGUUUUGAGGAUACGAGAUGGAUCAAUGUGGCAGUCGGUGAUAUCGUCAGAGUCGAGUCAGAACAGCCUUUCCCCGCCGACCUGGUCCUCCUGGCAAGUUCCGAACCGGAAGGUCUGUGUUACAUCGAAACUGCAAACUUGGAUGGCGAAACGAACCUCAAAAUCAAACAAGCAAUACCAGAAACGGCCGAUCUUGUUAGUCCCAGCCAACUAAGUAGGCUCACUGGGAGAGUCAAAUCCGAACAGCCAAAUUCCAGCCUUUAUACCUACGAGGCUACAUUGACAUUGCAAGCUGGUGGUGGAGAAAAGGAGCUACCGCUCAACCCUGAUCAACUCCUCCUCCGUGGUGCUACUUUGCGUAAUACCCCCUGGAUCCAUGGUCUUGUUGUUUUCACCGGCCAUGAAACAAAAUUGAUGAGGAACGCAACCGCAACACCAAUCAAGCGAACCGCUGUUGAACGCAUGGUAAACAUGCAAAUUCUUAUGCUUGUCGGCAUUUUGCUUGUUCUUAGUUUGAUUAGCUCGAUAGGAGACCUCGUUGUUCGGAUGAAAUCUGCUGACGAGCUCACCUACCUGUACAUCGGAAAUGUCAAUGCGGCUCAACAGUUCUUCUCUGACAUUUUCACAUAUUGGGUCCUCUACUCUAAUCUCGUCCCUAUAUCUCUUUUCGUGACUAUAGAAAUAGUCAAGUAUUGCCACGCAUUCCUCAUAAAUUCCGAUCUAGAUAUUUACUAUGACAAGACAGAUACACCUGCCACAUGUCGUACCUCUUCUUUGGUCGAAGAGUUAGGCCAAAUCGAAUACAUCUUCUCCGAUAAAACGGGCACUUUGACGUGCAACAUGAUGGAGUUUAAGCAAUGCUCUAUCGGCGGGAUUCAGUAUGCCGAAGUAGUACCAGAGGACAGAAAAGUGAUGGAAGGCGAUGACUCAGAUAUGGGAAUGUAUGACUUUAAGCAACUGACUAAGAAUUUGGAGUCGCAUCCCACCCAGAUGGCAAUCCACCACUUUCUUACUCUUUUAGCUACUUGCCACACUGUCAUUCCAGAGAGGAGGGAAGAAAAGCCUGAUGUUAUCAAGUACCAGGCUGCCUCUCCUGAUGAAGGAGCGCUAGUUGAAGGUGCAGUUAUGAUGGGCUAUCGAUUCACGAACCGGCGUCCAAAGUCCGUUAUCAUCACUGCGAACGGUCAAGAGCAGGAAUUUGAAUUGCUUGCAGUCUGCGAGUUUAACUCGACGAGAAAACGCAUGUCUACUAUUUUUAGAUGUCCUGACGGUAAAAUCAGAAUUUACUGCAAGGGAGCCGAUACUGUUAUCCUGGAGCGGUUGCACCAGGACAAUCCGACUGUUGAUGUUACUCUUCAGCACCUCGAAGAAUACGCCUCUGAUGGUCUCCGGACAUUGUGUCUCGCUAUGAGGGAAAUACCUGAUGAGGAAUUCUACCAGUGGUACCAGAUAUUCGACAAAGCAGCAACAACAGUAACUGGGAACCGAGCUGAGGAACUUGACAAAGCGGCCGAGAUCAUCGAGAAAGACUUUUUCCUUCUUGGUGCAACAGCUAUCGAAGAUAAGCUUCAAGAUGGUGUUCCAGAUACCAUCCACACCUUGCAAACCGCGGGCAUCAAAGUUUGGGUUUUGACUGGCGACCGGCAAGAAACUGCUAUCAACAUCGGCAUGAGCUGCAAGUUGAUCUCGGAGGAUAUGGCUUUGUUGAUUGUCAACGAGGAGUCGGCCCAGGCUACAAGAGAUAACUUAUCAAAAAAGUUACAACAGGUUCAGAGUCAGGCCGGUUCCCCAGACAGCGAGACAUUGGCGCUUAUCAUUGACGGUAAAUCCCUAAUGUAUGCUCUGGAGAAGGAUAUGGAGAAGAUAUUUUUGGAUUUGGCUGUUAUGUGCAAAGCCGUCAUUUGUUGCCGUGUAUCUCCCCUUCAAAAGGCACUUGUCGUCAAGCUUGUCAAACGGCACCUCAAAGCGUUGCUACUUGCCAUUGGGGACGGCGCGAACGACGUUUCCAUGAUCCAGGCUGCCCACGUGGGUGUCGGCAUUAGUGGUGUUGAAGGUCUUCAGGCAGCCCGCAGCGCGGACGUCUCAAUCGCCCAAUUCCGCUUUCUUCGGAAGUUGCUUCUAGUUCACGGUGCGUGGAGUUAUCAGCGUAUCAGCAAAGUCAUUCUCUACUCGUUCUAUAAAAACAUUGCGUUGUACAUGACUCAGUUCUGGUACUCUUUUCAAAACUCCUUUUCCGGUCAGGUUAUUUACGAAUCUUGGACUCUAUCAUUCUAUAACGUCUUUUUCACCGUCCUUCCCCCUUUCGCCAUGGGCAUUUUUGACCAAUUCAUCUCGGCUCGUCUGCUAGACAGAUACCCACAGCUCUACCAGUUAGGCCAGAAAGGUGUAUUUUUCAAGAUGCACAGCUUCUGGUCCUGGGUCGGCAACGGCUUCUACCACUCCCUCAUCGCUUACUUCCUCUCCCAGGCGAUCUUCCUUUGGGACCUCCCUCUAACAAACGGCAAAAUCGCCGGCCACUGGUUCUGGGGAACUGCACUUUAUACCGCCGUCCUCGCUACCGUUCUCGGGAAAGCUGCGCUCGUCACCAAUAUCUGGACCAAAUACACAUUCAUCGCUAUUCCCGGCUCUUUUAUAAUCUGGAUGGCCUUCCUGCCCGCCUACGGCUUCUCUGCGCCCAGAAUCGGCGCCGGCUUCUCGACAGAAUACGAAGGCAUCAUUCCUAACCUCUUCCCGUCGCCGGUCUUCUGGCUCAUGGCCGUCGUGCUACCAGCCGUAUGUCUCGUGCGCGAUUUCGCCUGGAAGUACAUCAAGCGCAUGUAUUUCCCGCAGGCGUACCAUCAUGUGCAAGAGAUUCAGAAAUACAACGUGCAAGACUACAGACCCCGCAUGGAGCAGUUCCAGAAAGCAAUCCGCAAAGUUAGGCAGGUGCAGCGGAAUCGGAAGCAGAGAGGUUAUGCCUUUAGUCAGGCGGAUGAAGGUGGACAGAUGAGAGUUGUUAAUGCUUAUGAUACUACUAGAUCCAGAGGGAGGUAUGGGGAGAUGGCGAGUUCGAGGCCUGUUGAUAUUUGA